AGUGAUUCCAGGCUGCCUGAGCAUGCUGCUACCACGCUGUAGGAUGGCACGCUUCGCCAGGCCGCUGCUGCUGCUCACGUUCUUUCUCUGCACGGAAGCUGAGACACCUCCGAGGUUUACGCGGACCCCCGUGGACCAGACAGGAGUCUCUGGUGGAGUAGCCUCUUUCAUUUGCCAAGCUACAGGAGACCCGAGACCAAAAAUUGUCUGGAACAAAAAAGGAAAGAAAGUCAGCAAUCAGAGAUUUGAGGUAAUAGAGUUUGACGAUGGAUCGGGGUCAGUUCUGAGAAUACAACCCUUACGGACCCCCCGGGAUGAGGCCAUCUAUGAAUGCGUGGCUUCGAAUAAUGUGGGAGAAAUAAGUGUAUCCACCAGACUCACCGUUUUACGUGAGGAUCAAAUUCCCAGGGGCUUCCCCACCAUUGACAUGGGCCCACAGUUGAAGGUGGUGGAGCGCACACGCACCGCCACCAUGCUUUGUGCAGCCAGUGGGAAUCCAGAUCCAGAAAUCACUUGGUUCAAGGAUUUCUUACCCGUGGACACAAGCAACAACAAUGGCCGUAUUAAGCAGUUACGAUCAGAAUCCAUUGGUGGUACACCAAUAAGAGGCGCCCUUCAGAUCGAACAGAGUGAAGAAUCUGACCAAGGAAAAUACGAGUGUGUGGCUACCAACAGCGCGGGUACUCGCUACUCGGCCCCAGCCAAUCUAUAUGUCAGAGAGCUGCGAGAAGUUCGCCGUGUCCCACCAAGAUUCUCUAUCCCACCCACUAACCAUGAAAUCAUGCCAGGUGGAAGUGUUAAUAUCACCUGUGUGGCUGUGGGCUCACCAAUGCCUUAUGUGAAGUGGAUGCUGGGGGCGGAAGAUCUGACACCUGAAGAUGAUAUGCCAAUAGGAAGAAAUGUCCUAGAGCUGAAUGACGUAAGACAGUCAGCCAACUACACUUGUGUUGCCAUGUCGACACUGGGUGUCAUUGAAGCAAUAGCACAGAUCACUGUCAAAGCCUUACCCAAACCUCCAGGAACUCCUGUAGUGACCGAGAGUACAGCUACCAGCAUCACGCUGACCUGGGACUCUGGGAACCCUGAGCCUGUCUCUUACUACAUCAUUCAGCAUAAACCUAAAAACUCGGAAGAACCUUACAAAGAAAUCGACGGAGUGGCUACCACACGCUACAGUGUCGCGGGACUGAGCCCCUACUCAGAUUAUGAAUUCAGGGUUGUUGCUGUCAAUAACAUUGGGCGUGGACCUCCCAGCGAGCCCGUCCUCACACAGACCUCAGAACAAGCACCGUCCAGUGCCCCACGGGAUGUCCAGGCGCGCAUGUUGAGUUCCACCACCAUUUUAGUGCAAUGGAAGGAGCCUGAAGAGCCAAAUGGUCAGAUCCAAGGAUACAGAGUCUAUUAUACAAUGGACCCUGCCCAGCAUGUUAACAACUGGAUGAAACACAAUGUUGCUGAUAGCCAAAUCACCACCAUUGGCAACUUAGUGCCCCAGAAAACCUACUCUGUCAAAGUCCUGGCUUUUACCUCAAUCGGGGAUGGGCCUCUUUCGAGUGACAUACAAGUCAUUACUCAAACAGGAGUACCAGGACAGCCACUAAACUUCAAAGCAGAACCUGAAUCAGAAACAAGCAUUUUGCUUUCUUGGACACCUCCGCGCUCAGACACCAUUGCCAACUACGAGCUGGUCUACAAAGAUGGGGAACAUGGAGAAGAGCAACGAAUUACCAUUGAACCAGGGACAUCUUAUCGGCUGCAGGGGCUGAAACCAAACAGCUUGUACUAUUUCCGUCUGGCUGCCCGCUCUCCUCAAGGCCUGGGCGCUUCUACGGCUGAAAUAUCAGCUAGAACCAUGCAGUCAAUGUUUGCAAAAAAUUUUCAUGUCAAAGCAGUAAUGAAGACUUCAGUGUUGCUGUCUUGGGAGAUUCCAGAGAAUUAUAAUUCGGCCAUGCCUUUCAAAAUUCUUUAUGACGAUGGGAAAAUGGUGGAAGAGGUCGAUGGCCGAGCCACACAGAAGUUAAUUGUCAACUUGAAGCCAGAGAAAUCAUAUUCUUUUGUGCUGACAAAUCGCGGGAACAGUGCUGGUGGGCUUCAGCACAGGGUCACUGCAAAGACCGCCCCGGAUGUACUACGUACCAAGCCUGCCUUCAUUGGGAAGACCAACUUGGAUGGCAUGAUCACUGUGCAACUGCCAGAAGUCCCUGCAAAUGAGAAUAUAAAAGGUUACUACAUAAUAAUUGUGCCUUUGAAGAAAUCUCGUGGGAAAUUUAUCAAGCCCUGGGAGAGUCCAGAUGAAAUGGAACUAGAUGAGCUGCUUAAGGAGAUCUCCAGGAAACGCAGAAGCAUCCGUUAUGGGAGAGAAGUUGAAUUAAAGCCAUAUAUUGCUGCUCACUUUGAUGUCCUGCCUACGGAAUUCACGCUGGGGGACGACAAACAUUAUGGUGGAUUCACAAACAAGCAGCUCCAAAGUGGUCAAGAAUACGUCUUCUUUGUGUUAGCUGUGAUGGAGCACGCAGAAUCUAAGAUGUAUGCAACCAGCCCCUACUCUGACCCAGUCGUGUCCAUGGACCUGGACCCUCAGCCAAUCACGGAUGAAGAAGAAGGCUUGAUUUGGGUUGUAGGUCCUGUCCUUGCUGUAGUCUUUAUCAUCUGCAUUGUCAUAGCUAUUCUCCUCUACAAAAGCAGUAAACCUGACAGGAAGAGGGCUGAGUCCGACUCUAGAAAGAGCAGCUUACCAAACAGUAAGGAGGUCCCUUCACACCACCCAACAGACCCCGUGGAACUGAGGCGCCUUAAUUUCCAAACCCCAGGUAUGGCUAGCCAUCCUCCAAUACCUAUCUUGGAACUUGCAGAUCACAUUGAAAGGUUGAAAGCCAACGACAACUUGAAGUUUUCCCAGGAAUAUGAGUCAAUUGACCCUGGCCAACAGUUCACAUGGGAGCACUCAAACUUGGAAGUAAACAAACCAAAGAACAGAUAUGCAAAUGUAAUCGCGUAUGAUCACUCCCGGGUUCUCCUUUCUGCAAUAGAAGGUAUCCCAGGAAGUGACUAUGUGAAUGCUAACUACAUAGACGGCUACAGGAAACAAAACGCCUACAUUGCAACACAAGGGUCGCUUCCCGAAACCUUUGGGGACUUUUGGAGGAUGAUAUGGGAGCAACGGAGUGCCACCGUGGUUAUGAUGACAAAGCUGGAAGAACGAUCCAGGGUCAAGUGUGACCAGUAUUGGCCCAGUCGAGGUACAGAAACCCACGGACUUGUCCAGGUGACGCUGCUGGAUACGGUCGAGCUGGCCACGUAUUGCGUUCGAACAUUUGCACUUUACAAGAAUGGGUCAAGUGAGAAGAGAGAAGUCAGACAAUUCCAGUUCACCGCCUGGCCUGAUCAUGGUGUUCCAGAACACCCAACACCUUUCCUGGCUUUCUUACGGAGAGUCAAAACCUGUAAUCCUCCGGAUGCUGGUCCAAUGGUUGUGCACUGCAGUGCGGGAGUUGGCCGGACCGGUUGUUUCAUCGUAAUAGAUGCCAUGCUAGAAAGAAUAAAGCAUGAAAAAACUGUAGAUAUUUAUGGCCAUGUAACUUUAAUGAGAGCCCAGAGGAAUUACAUGGUUCAAACAGAAGACCAAUACAUCUUUAUCCACGAUGCACUGUUGGAAGCAGUGACUUGUGGUAAUACCGAAGUGCCAGCAAGAAACUUGUAUGCCUACAUUCAGAAGCUGACACAAAUAGAGACCGGAGAGAAUGUCACUGGGAUGGAGCUUGAAUUUAAGCGUUUAGCCGGCUCUAAAGCUCACACCUCAAGAUUCAUCAGUGCCAACCUUCCAUGUAAUAAAUUCAAAAAUCGCCUUGUUAAUAUUAUGCCAUAUGAAUCCACAAGGGUUUGCCUGCAACCUAUCCGAGGAGUCGAAGGAUCCGAUUACAUCAAUGCCAGCUUUAUUGAUGGGUACAGACAACAGAAAGCUUACAUCGCUACCCAGGGACCCCUGGCAGAGACUACAGAGGACUUCUGGAGGAUGCUCUGGGAACACAACUCCACCAUUGUUGUGAUGCUUACCAAGCUGCGAGAAAUGGGCCGAGAAAAAUGUCACCAGUACUGGCCUGCAGAACGAUCCGCAAGGUACCAGUACUUCGUUGUAGAUCCCAUGGCUGAAUAUAACAUGCCCCAGUAUAUCCUGAGAGAAUUCAAGGUGACAGAUGCCAGGGAUGGUCAGUCCCGAACAGUAAGGCAGUUCCAGUUCACUGACUGGCCAGAGCAAGGAGUACCAAAGUCUGGAGAAGGGUUCAUUGACUUCAUCGGCCAAGUCCAUAAAACAAAGGAGCAGUUUGGCCAAGAUGGUCCCAUUUCAGUCCAUUGCAGUGCGGGCGUUGGGAGAACUGGAGUCUUCAUAACACUAAGCAUUGUUUUGGAAAGAAUGAGAUAUGAAGGCGUCGUAGAUAUCUUCCAGACCGUCAAAAUGUUAAGGACUCAACGACCAGCCAUGGUACAAACCGAGGAUCAGUACCAGUUCUGCUACCGAGCCGCAUUAGAGUACUUGGGAAGCUUUGAUCACUAUGCAACGUAGAAACCCCUGACCCAUUCCGGAUUUUAACUACAGUCCCUUCAAUAUCCAUGGAGUCUCUUCUGAGCCAUACGGGGCAACUGAGAAGUCCUUCUUAACGUCUAACUAACAACCACUUAGUGGGACUAUUACACACAAAACAAAUCAAAAACAAACUCUUCCAGGUAGAGCAAGAAUUCACAGUUUAAUAAUCUCACCCGAAAAUAAUACAGAGAAUCCUGACUGGGGAGGUGUCUGAAGGAUUUUAUUUGCAGAUACCUCAAGGGUUCAAAAUAAAGGGAAGAAGAAAUCACAGCAAAGAACCACCAUCUUGUUCAGGCUCGCUGGAUAGGUGCAAGAAAUUUCCAGAACGUUAUGGGUUCCGUGCGAGAUGUUUGUUGGUAUGGCCUCUCACAGUAACACAAACUGUGUUUCUACAACGCCCCGUCCAACCAUACUGCUCAUAAUAACAUUUUAGGGG